AUGUCGUUGGAUAAGCGCGACGAACUGGAAGUAAUCACUUCCAGUAUACCUCCAACUCCGCCCAAUGAGAUCAACGGCAAGGAUUUGGAGAAUGAAUAUAAUGCCAAACUCGAAAAGAAAGUGAUGCGAAAGAUAGAUUUCUGGCUUGUUGGGUUUUACUCGAUCGUAUAUAUCUUCCGUGUCAUUGAUUCCAACAACUACUCCAAUGCUGCAAUCAUCAACCUAGAAGCCGGCACCGGAAUCAAGAAGGAACUUAAUUUCAACUCCUCGCAAUGGGCCUGGACGCAGUCAAUAUUCUCCUACAGCUACCUCAUUUUCGAGCCCACUAACACCAUCCUUCUCAAACGCGUCACGCCCUCGAGAUGGAUGUUUGUCUUGAUCUUGUCCUGGGGUAUCUGUGCCUGUGCUGCUGGUGCUGCACAGGACUUUCCAGGAAUGAUGUGUGUGCGGUUUACAAUUGGAAUGGCCGAAGCCGGGUUCUAUCCUUCUGUGCUCUACCACAUGGCAUUCUGGUACAAGCCAUCUGAGCUGCGCUGGAGAAUUGCUCUUUUCUACUCUCUUGGUCAGGUAUCUGGUGCAUUGAGUGGGUUGCUGGCAUAUGCCAUCAGCUUUAUGGAUGGAGCCGGUGGGCUAUCAGGCUGGCGAUGGCUAUUUGUGAUAGAAGGCCUCCCGGCAGUCUUGUUGUCUGUGGUAGCGUUAUUCGGUCUACCAGACUAUCCCGAGAACGCCCGCAUGUUGACCGAAGAGGAGAGGACUUUCCUCAAGGGUCGUCUAUCCUCUACAGCACCCUCUGGGAAAGACAAAAGCUGGAGCUGGGGGGACAUAAAAGCGCUCCUCUCAAGUCCAACCUUGUAUACAUUUACGGUCUACUGGAUCGGGCAUGGCAUUGGCGGAUUUGGAGUAAAUUACGCCUUGCCCACUGUUAUCUACGAGCUUGGUUUUACUUCGACGGCUUUGUCACAGCUGAUGAAUAUUCCUCCCUACGUCGCAUGCUUUUUUUUUCCUGAAUACUCUCGGGUAUUUACUGCACAAAGGCUGGAUCAGACCAUGGACCACUGCUGUCGCGACACGAUAAUCAUCUGCUAUAUCAUCCUGAUUACAGUUCCAAACUCGAUUGUCAAAUACCUCGCGUUGGUUGUAGCCACCGCUUGUGCCGGAUCUGCGUACCCUGUCAUCUGGCCAGAACGUAUUCGUGCACUCGAAGGCACAGUCGCGGUGGGGAUUGGUAUUGGGCUUACGAAUGCCAUGGCUCAGUUUAGCGGCAUUGCUGGGCCUCAUAUAUACAGUACGGUGUUUGGACCGACGUAUCGAGUAUCAUACAUUAUUUGUCUCUGCUUCUUGUGUGCGGCUAUCUCGGGAAUUCUGGCUUCGUGGUGGCUGAUCUGGAGGAAGGAUCGGAAGAAUGAAUUGAACACUGGGCUUGAGGAAGAUGCCUGA